AAGGCCCAGGCUUGUGCUGCUGAUGGUAAAAGUUACCAGUGGCAGCAGUGAGCUGUUAGUGUGUGUGUGUGUGUGUAGGGCAGGUGGGGGGCCUCCACCUGCUGAAUGAACCCUGUCAGUGUUGGGGAGUACCACGGGCUGCGGGUGGGCUCUGCCCUGCUCAGCAUUGUGGCAGGCUGCAUCAUCAUUGGGGUGUCCAGGGAGUGUGAUGCUGAUGCCGUAGGAGGGAUCUUCCUUGGAGCGGGGGGCCUCGGACUGCUCAUAUCGAUUUACCCGUUCAUAAAAGCCUGGCUGAACAUCAACCAUAUUCUUCCGUCUUUUGGAAACUUCAGAGUGCACCCCACACCUGCCAAUCCCCCUCUUGAUCAACCUGUAGAGACACUAAGAAGAGAGGGAACUCAGAGUCAACUAAACCUGGAACGUUCAAAGAGCCGAAUGGGAACCUUUGUGGAGGGCGGCCCGAUGGCUGAGACCAAUGCAGAGGAGGGGACUUCUUCAGACAUGCCUGAUGUCUUAUCAAGACAGAAACUAAAGCAGACACUUUCUGAUCAAGACCUGCCAUGAUGUCAUCACAUGACCUGACUGAUAUUCUUCCAAUCUUCUUCAU